CCUUUUGAUCAACUUUCUUUGAUCAAUUUUUCUGACUAAGUGUACGUUCGCUGCUGCCGACAACUCUCUGUUGGAUGGAUUCUCUUUCUCCACCCUGCGAUGUUCCAAGGUGGUCCAAGCUUCCUUCAGAUCUCCUACACAUGGUGUUUGAACGUCUAGGGUUUUCAGAUUUUCAACGAGCUAAAUCUGUUUGUCCAUUUUGGCGAUCAGCAUCCAUAGAGUCAGCACCAAACAAUCAGAUCCCCUGGAUGAUUCUAUUUCCAGAAAAAGGUAAAGAUUAUUGUCUCUUGUUUAAUCCAGAGGAAAACAAUAAAACAUAUCGAAUUCAAGAUCUUGGCGUCAACUUUGCAAAUAGCCAUUGUUUGGCUAUUUGUGGAAGUUGGUUCUUUAUGCGGGAUCCUCGAUAUAAGCUCUAUAUUAUGAAUUUAUUCACCCGUGAGAGGAUCGAUCUGCCGUCAGUGGAGUUACAAGUUGGCAUGUUAAAGAUCGAACGAACCACGGAUGAUAUGUUCCUAGUAACAUCUAAGGAAGGUAUUGGUUACAAAUAUAAUCAAGAAGACUUGCGCAUUGACUUGCCUUUCUUCUGGAUUGACCAGAAAACCAAAGAUUAUUUUGUUACUUGUUAUCUUGAAGGCCGAGUUACGGCUUAUGCUGAAAAUGGAGAUAAGUUUUGGAAACAAGCGGACCUUAAGAUCACAGGUGACGUGGUAUACAAAGAGCAUAAGCUUUACUUGUAUGAUUAUAAACGUGAUGUCAAAGUCUUUGAUUUUUCUGGAGAUAGUCCACGAAAAAUCGUUGAAACGCAAGUUAAUCAUGAUCCACUUUGCACAAAGGGAAUGUCACGUCGUGUUUACCCAGAGCUUGGUGAUGUGUGGGAUAUCAAGGAUACACAUCUUGUAGUCACGGUAAAAGGAGAAUUCCUGAGAGUAAAGAGCAUAGUAAAGAGUGAUGGUGAUGUUUGGUCCUUCCGCAUCUACAAGAUGGAUUCAUCGCAAAGCGAGUGGGAGAAGAUUACUUCUUUGGGGGACGAGGCAAUACUUCUGGAUCAACGUACCACCGUGCUUGCAAACGCUGUCCAAGGAAUAAAAAGAAAUUCUAUAUAUUUCAGUGGUAUUCAUCAUGACUAUGUAUUUCACCGUGUUUGGAGUGAAAAAGAUAUCUUGAACUAUAGUCUCGACACACACAAGAUUGAAAGACCACCUCCAAGUUUUUUUUCUAACGUUCAAUCAUCUGAUGCUCGAUGGUUUGUACCAAAUUGA